CCCAACCCUUGUUGUCUUCUGAUUUCACAAAAGAAGAUCAGUGCCGUCACCUCCAUGCGCCAGCACCUUCCCUUCCCAACACCUCUCUUUUCUCGAACUGCCUGACACCAUUGUCAGAAGCGGCAGCGCCUCUUCCAGGCGGGAUUCUUUGGCUUGAUCUCGGCAAGGCGCCUCCUGCCCCAGGCCCUCCAGCAGUGCAGAAGGGAAGAGUCCCGCCUGGCAGCGGGCCUGCUUUGGCCACCGAGCCACCUUAUUUUCCCAGGGAGGCUAAUUCCGAUGGGGCAACUCGCUGGGCUCUCUCUGCGGGUAGCGUUCUGCCUCCGUCUGACCAACUGCUUCUCUGAUCCGGGUCAGAGAAGGCACUUUCCCUGCUGGCGCUCAUAAGGUCGCCAAGCCCUCCUCCUGGAAAGGGAGGGGGGAGAGGCGCGAGGAGGAGAAAUCUGUCGGCCGCGCCUUGCCGCCCUAACCCUCGCCGGUGUCGGAGGAAGACGGCCGCGGCGGCCGUCCCUGCAGCCGCCGAGCUCCCGAGAGCGCGCGAAUUACUCGCAGCAGCCGAGGAACGCUCCUUAGCCAUUCGUCAGGCCGCCCCGCCCGCCCCCCUUCCCUCUCCAGCCACCCGCGAGGACAGAGCAGCGCCAGAGGCUUGCCGGCAGGAAGACCGAGCGGCGGCGGCGGCGAGCAGGCGCCCAUAGAGCCGCUCCGACAGGAUUCCGGCUUCGGCAGCUCCGACGACGGAACUGAGCCUCGGCUCCUCGCUUCCUCGGCCCAAAGGAGCGUCUCGGAUCGCCAGUUCAGGCAGGUGUGGAGUAUCCGCUGGCAACCACGGCUGCACUGUAAAGGGAUGGCCUUGAGGAUCCUCUGGGCAAGGGCCUCCUUCUGCACCUCUAGCCUUGGAAUUCUGCUCCUAGUCUACGCCCUGCCUGCUGAAGGACUAGCCCAAAAACAUGGUCCUGAUAUCAUUGAUGAUGACAGCAAAGACAACAUAACCAUCUUCACACGCAUCCUGGAUCGUCUGUUAGAUGGCUAUGAUAACCGACUGAGACCUGGUCUCGGAGAUACAGUAACUGAAGUCAAAACCAAUAUUUAUGUGACAAGUUUUGGCCCUGUCUCAGACACUGACAUGGAGUACACCAUCGAUGUCUUCUUCCGGCAAUCCUGGAGAGACGAGCGGUUGAAAUUUGAUGGUCCAAUGAAGAUUUUGCCCUUGAAUAACUUGCUAGCCAGUAAGAUCUGGACCCCAGACACCUUUUUCCACAAUGGAAAGAAAUCGGUGGCACACAACAUGACCACACCAAACAAAUUGCUUCGAUUGGUGGAUAAUGGCACUCUCCUCUACACCAUGAGACUGACCAUUCAUGCAGAAUGCCCCAUGCAUUUGGAGGAUUUCCCCAUGGAUGUGCACGCCUGCCCAUUGAAGUUUGGGAGCUAUGCCUAUACCACAACAGAAGUCAUCUACACUUGGACUCUGGGAAAAGUGGAGGUGGCUGAAGGUGGCUCCCGCCUCAAUCAAUAUGACCUCCUUGGCCACAAUGUAGGAAGAGAUUCCAUUGAAUCUAGCACAGGGACCUACACUGUAAUGACUACUUACUUCCAUCUCAAGCGCAAGAUCGGAUACUUUGUGAUCCAGACUUAUUUGCCCUGCAUCAUGACAGUCAUUCUGUCCCAGGUUUCCUUCUGGCUCAACAGGGAGAGUGUCCCAGCCCGAACUGUGUUUGGCGUCACUACAGUGCUGACCAUGACCACCCUGAGCAUCAGCGCACGAAAUUCCCUCCCCAAGGUGGCUUACGCAACAGCUAUGGACUGGUUUAUGGCAGUGUGUUAUGCCUUCGUCUUUUCUGCACUGAUUGAAUUUGCUGCCGUCAAUUAUUUCACUAAGCGCAGCUGGGCCUGGGAGGGCAAGAAGGUACUGGAGGCGCAGGAGAUGAAGAAGAAAGAGCCAGCCACAUUGGCUAAGAAAACCAACAACACCUACAACAUUGUGGGGACCACAUACACUCUCAAUAUCACCAAGGAGCCUACCCUCCCAACCAUUGCCAAGAACGCAGCUGCUCCCACAGCCACACCUGCUGCUGUGGUGGUCCCCCCUGUCAAGUUGCCCCGAUUGGAAGAGAAGCCUCUGGAGAAUAGGAAGACCUACAACAGUGUCAGCAAGGUAGACAAAAUGUCUCGCAUUGUCUUUCCAGUCUUGUUUGCCAUUUUCAACAUGGUGUACUGGGCAACGUAUGUCAACCGGGAGUCAGCUAUCAAGGAUAUGAUCCCCAAGGAUUGAAAGUAGCUGUGCACCCUCCAUAUGUCCAUGCAAUUCCGGACAGAGGAGCCCGGGGGGGGGUGCUUUGGUCCCCCUGCUGAUACUAUAAUCAUUUUUAUCUUUUAUUAUGAUUAAUAUUAUUCUGCUGAUUUCCUUCCUCUCCUAUGUGAACCAAACUGUGAUUUUUUUUAAAAAAAGAAAACAAAAUCAAGAAUGUUAUUGGAUGUAGGGGCAGGGGUUGUCCCUAGGAGACGCAUGGGGAAAGGGGUGUCUGUCUUUGAGUCUGAUGUUUCUCUGCCCCAAUCUUGCCUACUCCUCUCCAUUCUGCCAGGAGCCAGCUUCCUGUCUUGCUCAUCUUGCAUGAGACAUGCCAAGGGGCUCCUGAUGCCCAAGGCCUCUGGGUAGCUGGGGGGGGGGGUGUUUCUCACUGGAGUGCCUGGGAUUUCAGUGAGAAAGAUGUCCCUCGUUUGGAAAACAAGUUAGGUCCCCUUGGAGCAACUUGACCAUUCGGAAAUUGUGAUGAGAGCAGAAGGGGUAACUUUGGCUAGCAGACAGAUCUAGGACAGCCACUCACAGAGUCUGGGCAGGUCCUGGACUCAGUACUUGCAUGUGCUCACGAAAACUGCUAGGAUAUAACAGGAACAGCAGGUGUCAAUACUGAUCAGUUGUCGAUUUCAGGAACUUUGCAAUUUUAUCAUGACAGACUUUGUACUCCAUGGGAUAUUUUUCUGAAUUCUUCACUGGAUCUAUGGUUCAGAAUUAUUUGUUUCUGGUCAUGUAGCAGUACCUAUAUAUAGCAGAUUUUAUUAUCUGUUGUUAUCUAAAUUGGAUUUUGAAAUUUUAUGAAUAUUACAUAAGCUUAAUUGGCUGUUCCUUCAGAGAAAUUAUUUUUUUUAUUUCCUUUAUUAAGCCAUGUGCAUGGACAGAUGUGCACAUUAAAGCAUAGUGCACCAUGGUUUCUUGAGAAUGCAUUUGUGGAAUGAAUGGAUCAACAUAUGCAUUUCAAUUUUAUUUCAUUAUCAAUAUACAUAUGUGAUAAAUGUGCACUUACAGUUUUUUAAAAUAUUGCAAGUACACAAGAAGCACCUGGGCUUAUUGGAAGCAUCUCCUCCUCCUGUGAAAAUGAGCAAAUCGUCUGCAAGCCUGAACUGCUUCCUUCUGAAGAUAAGAGAAAGAGGCUGAUCCACCUUUCAGUUUAAAGAAUGAACGGAAAGGAGGGCAGACACUGUCCCAUCUUCUGGCCCUCCAGCCAGCAGGAAAAGCAGGAGAAACCAGCCUGAUUUGGAAGGGAUCAAGCAGAAAGGAGAGAAACCAGUACACUUGUUCUACGGCCCUCACUGGCUUCUGUGGCCUGGCCCCCUGGUUGAUAUUUUGAAAGGGAACUCAUGUUCAUUCCAGAUUCAACUGCUGUGUGCAGCUGGGGGGGGGGGGAAAGGGAGCUGCUUAAUAUCUGUGGAGCCACCCCCAUCCCCACAACAGGACAAGGGUGUGCAACUGAAUGCUCCUGCACAUUGCAGAGUUUCCGCUUUUAAAGAUGAGUACUAAUUCACCAUUGGGGAUAACAUUAUGGAGGCUGCUGUGACUGGGCUACUUGUGAAGACAGAAGGUGUACAAAUAGAAACGAGCUGCAGUAGUUGCAAUUUUUAAAACAUGUGAAUUUGGUAAAGAUUGGGCAGAACACAAUACAAAAACCAAAUUAAAAAUAAUAAACAAGAAAGACAUGGUAAGAAAAUAGUGGAAUUUCUGAUAUGCCUAAAAAUAAUCAUCACCAAUGAACAAGUAAAAAGGAGACUAAAUACAAAAUAGAAGGAUGAAAAUAUAAAGGAUGACCAAAUGGCUUUUCCAGGCUUUGGGCCAGAAGAGGACCUCCUUUUUGGUCCACCCUCCAUUUGACGACUGGGGAACCCUCUGCUUGUCUCUUAUUCUUUGGCAUCUGUCAGCCUUUCUCUGUUUUUCAUGGAAUGAUUUUCUUGAGAAGGCUUGGGGCUUCAUAUUUAAGUUUUGAACUUACAGUAUAAGCAUAAAAUAUACUAUUCUUCAUUUUCCAUUAUUGUCACAAUAGUUUGAACUUAAAUUGUUCUGUUUUGUAUAGGCAAAUGUUGAAUUUUUUCCAUUUGAACCCUGAACUAAAAGUCCAUUUUUAAAGACACCCCUUCACUCUCAGCCCUCUUAAUUGCACAUCGAGCACUUGCCGCCUUGCCCUUCUGUCUCUCCGGCUUGGUUCCCCCAAAUCUCUUCGGGGGCAGGUUGCAAGAAGAAGCCCCCAGAACUCAGUUGAGCAUCUGCCUCGCCUGCAAAGCCUUUUCCUGUUCCUAGCAAUCGAACUUUUCACCGGGAGAAUCUGGGGCUGGAGCAUCGGGUGCGGGGUGAGGAAUUGGGGCACCUGCACCCAUAGAAAAGUUAAUUAUCAGUGGGGAAGAUUUAAGCCAUGAAGGUAGUGGGGAUGACUUGUCACAAUUUCAUUCUUCAGCUCCUAAGAAGUGUAUUUUCUAGUUUUAUUUCCCAAAUAUUAAUGAGAUUCAGCUUCACUAGCUUUUGCAACUUAACAUUUUGUUUUCAGUUUAUUUAUUUAGUUCGUUCACAUUUCUUGUUGGGUUUGUUAUCUAUUGAAUCUGCUGUUAAUCACUACAACCUGGAUUUCCUAAAUACAAACAAAUGUUGCCUUAGAGAUUUUUUUUUUUACCAGCUUCAAGACAAUUAUUCAAAAUAUUCCAAACUAAGUAGACAUGCAACAUUUUUUUCUUUCCAUAAAACCUCUCAUUGGGCUGUAAAUAUAAUUGUGAAUGUUUAGAAAAAAAUAAAUAGGGAUUUUUGGUUCAAAUCUCUUUCUGAUUAUCUGCCUGAGAGGCACCCAUCUUGAAAGGCUGCUUAUUGGGGCAGGAGGCAUCAAUGCUCUGGAAUGCCCCUCCCCUAAAAAUGGAGGAGUUCUUACAAGUUAGCAAGUUUCAAAGUUCUCUAGAAGCCCAUCAAGAGAUCACUGUUUAUCACUGUUACCUUAUGGUGUGAACUGUUACUUUUGUUUCUGGUUUGUUAGGAUUGCAUUGUAUUAUGAUAGUAGGAGUUUGAUUUCUUACCCACAUAUAUGUUAUUGUCCUCAUCUUAAUGUUCUUACUGCAGAUAUAUGUUAUUGUGAUUUUAUACGUAAGCCUCCAUGAGACUUGAUCAUUUGAAAUGCCGCUGCUGCUGCUCCUCCUACAAUAAUACUAUCAAAGAGGGUGGCCAGAGGUCAUCAGGAGGGUUCAGUUGUCCCCAGGGAACUGAAUCAUAGAGAUGAACUGGCUAUCAUAUAAGUAGGCCGAGGAAAGGGAAAUUUUUCUUGAGAACAAGCCAUGAGCAAGAAAAAACAUAAUUCCAGACAUGCCCCAAACUCUGACUCAAAUGAAAGACCAGAGAAAGCACUGGUUGAAUUAGACCGAAAGAGAAAUACAGCCUAUUUUUAAGUAAAUCGGAAACUCAGAAACAAAGACUAUUUGUGCAACUGGCAAAAUGGGGAUGAGAAAGCAAGAGAAGAAAAGUGGAAGAAAGAAGAAGAAAGAGGAAAAGGUGUGAUGGCUGAGAGGGUCUCCAGGGAAGAAAAGGAGGAGCCAGGUGCCAAGAGCAAAGGAGAAGAGAGGGCAGCAGAAGGCGAAAGGGAGAUGGGAGUCAUGCAAGCAUCGUUGGGCAGACUCUAAGCACCUCCACAGAAGCCAGGAGAGCAGCAAGCUGGAGAAGGCAGGGCCUGUUUUCUCUGGAGGACUUCCAAAGUAGCGAUGGACUCCUGGACCUGUUUGCCUCCCACCUCAAAGCCUUUGCAACACCCCCCCCCCAAAGUCAAGACAACCCUCAUUGUAUAUGCAAGGUGAAACUGAACUGCCAUGCCUCAAUCUGGGAUGGACGGCCAAAAAGUAGAUUUAGCAUUUGACCUCAUUAUCAUUUUGGCAGCAAGAUGCUACCAGCAAUCUACUUUUAACAUCUUUAACUUCAGAGCAUGAGAGCCAGUUUGGUAUAGUGGUUAAGGGCAUUUAGGGUUAAGGACUUCUAGACCACCUUGGACACAAACCAGCUGAAUGACCUUAGGCCAGUCACUCUCUCUCAACUCUAGGAAAGAGGCAAUGGCAAACCACUUCUGAAAUACCUUGCCCAAAAAGUUUUAGGGACUGUCCCAGGCAGUCUCUGAGAACUGGACAUGAUUGAAUGGAAAGGGGAAAAAAGCUUCAGGGAGCUGUUGCCUUGGUGGCUAAGAAAAAGUUAUAGCUGCUAUAAUGAUGCUUGGAAAAUCUGCCAAAUGUGAAAUUAAAGUAGGGGCAUGGCAUGCAUAUUACCCCAAUGUGAUUGAUCAUGAAUGGCCAUUGCUGAUAUUAUUGUUUAUACUAUUGUCCUAUUCUCCUUUAUUGUUUCUAUGUUGUUUGUUCCCCAGAGGCUCUUUGGAUUGGAGUAGAUUAUAAAUAUUGUUAAAUUAGACAGACAGACAGACAGACAGACAGAUAGAUAGGAAUAGCUGUUCCUUUCAGUAUCAAGUAAACUCACUGGGAGGGAUACAUUUGUCUUUCCCCCCAAAAGACAGAGGGCUGCCAAGAGCAAAUUCAUGGCUGAGGACAGAUUUAAACUGGAUGGAUUUCAACGGACGUCACCUUUCCAUUCAUGAAUAGGCACAAAACCUGGGAACUUCUGGAAAAAUUGUGUCACUUUCAGAAAAUUUACAAACUGAGCAAAGGACCUGUUUACUAAAACACGAAGUCAAACGGUGGCACAUGGGGCAUUGGUCUGCAAUCUCACGUUAGCAAAAAUUAGCUAGAAAGCUUGUUUUUGCCUUGUUCUGCAGUGCUCACAGAUCAGAGGGCACGACUGAGUAUUGGGCAUAGAUUGAGCCCUCCAUUAAUCAAGGCAGAUGGUGGAGUGCCCAGCAUUAUUUUCACUCUCUGUGACUGGAAACAUUUGUUGCCAGGAUAAGGAAAGGAAAUGCUCCUCUAUCCCCAUUUCUCUGCUCCUUGUCAUGUGCAUUCAGGGGUGAUUCCAGGUGUUCACAGGACUCCCUCACAGGCCUUCCCACUCCAGGAGUGUUUAGUGGAGUCUGGAGGCAGGAAGGCAGGAAGACGUGCGUAGUCCUUUAUUAGUAACCACAACUCGAACCAUUAAGUGAAGGAGUUGCAAAGUAUAACCAUGACUGUACUUAUUAUCUUACUUCAACUUUACUUUGAAGAGGAGCAAAGGUUGUAAAUGUUAUGCUUGGUUGCAAACUUACUUUUUCAUCACUAUUGUAAUUGUGAAUGGUCACUA